GCUUUUAUGUCAGAGUGCCAGAUUCUUCUUCCCCCUCUAAAAAUGCACUGUGAUGAGUAAAAGUGAUUGAAGACUGGUUUCUUUUAACUUUUUUUAAAUGGGUGGGUGGAUGUGAAAAGUAUAAAUGGGGAAUUUGUUGAAAAUGUAGCAAACCUGCCAACUUUGGGAAUCUGGCCCCCGGGCCUUGAGUUUGGCACCUGUGCUGAAAACGUUACCAUUAAAGGAUACUAUUACGUAUGUAGAAUGCUAACUUUUCUUUUUAACCGAUAAUUAACUCUUGAGAAUGAUAGCUGACAUUGUUAAAAUCUCAUCUCGGAUUGGGAAACCGAUCCUGUUCAUUUACUGUAUACCGUCAGUACUAGCAGUAGCUUGCUAGGCUACAUAACGUUUUUGUUGCCUGCUUGUGAGCCGUAUCGUAUUAAAAGUACGGGAACAUACCUAAAGCAAGUCUUAAACGAACGUCCUCUCUUGUCCUGAGCACCGGUGACCACCAACACACGUUUUUCCCCAUUUUGUUCUUAUAAUACAGUCGCCGCGAUCCACUCUUGUUGUCGUCGCCACGGUAACGUGUGUAUCCUGUCACAUUUGAGUUGACAAGAUAAAGCCCAAUGAUCGUAAAAGACGGGAUGAGGUGGUAUCGGAAUACAAGAUUUUAUUGCAGUAGUCUGAGAUAGAGCAAAUUUGUCUUGUAGUCUGAUCCGGGCAUUACGUGUUGUCUGUCUCAGACGUGUUGUCUAUCCCACACCGCCGACAUAUUAUUAUUAUUUUUUUAAAUAACUUGAUCGGCCGUCAGAUAUUUACAGUACUAUGUCAAAAGACACGCGACAAGGCUAAAAAUAAACUAGCUUUUGGAUUCAAAUAUACUGUGCAUGAUGGCGACGCGGAGUAAAUGUCUUGCGAGUCAUUGAUCGGAUCGGCAAAUUAUGACAUUAAAGCCGAUCAGCAUAACAUGCUAAUUAUCGGCCAAUACUGAUCAGGCCAAUAAAAUCGGUGUAAAGUCUACUUUAAAGUGCAAAUACCUGUACAUGUAAACAAAACUGGAGAUUCGUAGUUCAAAAGGUUGACCUGAUUGAGCAAAACCUAUUUGAUAUUUGGGUUCAGCACAUCAAAACUGUGCUAAAUCAGGUAAAAAAAUCUUAAGACGAAUUUGUUGUUGACCAUUGUUAUCAAUGUAGAAUCAAAGAUGCUGUUACAUCGCUGUGAUUUUGAAUUUUGAAAUGUUGGUACCUGAGACAGGCGGGUUAGAGCAUCUGCCUCACAGUUCUGAGGACCCGGGUUCAAUCCCCAGCCCCGCCUGUGUGGAGUUUGCAUGUUCUCCCCGUGCCUGCGUGGGUUUUCUCCGGACACUCCGGUUUCCUCCCACAUCCCAAAAAAAACAUGCAUUAAUUGGAGACCCUAAAUUGCCCGUAGGUGUGACUGUGAGUGCGAAUGGUUGUUUGUUUCUAUGUGCCCUGCGAUUGGCUGGCAAUCAGUUCAGGGUGUACCCCGCCUCUUGCCCGAUGAUAGCUGGGAUAGGCUCCAGCAUGCCCACGACCCUAGUGAGGAGAAGCGGCUCAGAAAAUGGAUGGAUGGAUGGUACCUGGGACACCUGUGGUAACUUUGGACACUAGUUUGUCUAAAAGAUUUACACGUAUGUCCCUAUGCAAUUUAAAUUACUAUACAGAGGCUGAAAUAAGUAUUUGACACGUCACCAUUUUUCUCACUAAAUAUAUUUAAAUAUAUGCAGUGUUUUGGUUUGGGUUGUGUUUAGUUUUGUUCCAUGUUUUCCUGUGUUCCAUGUUUGUCGUGUGCUCAUUAGGUUGUUGUGUCCACCUGUUCUCGUCUACUUUGUGUCGACCAAUCAGCUCUCUCCAGCCACUCGUGUCUUGUCCAGGUGUUCCUCGUUGUCUCAUCAAUUUGUUUGUAUUUAGUUCCCUGGUUUCUUUCAGUUCUUGUCGGUUCAUUGUCGUUGUCACAUAUCUUUGCCAUGUCAUAGUCGCCAGUUGUCUUUAUCAUUGUGGUAUGUCAUUGUCAGGUGUAAUUUUCCCUUUCUAUUCCACGUCUUACUCACAGGUCAUAGUUUGUUUCCAGUUUUAAAUAUUCGAGUGUUUCUUUGUUACUUUGAUUUGAUUGGUAUCUGUUGUGGGACUUCGUUCAGUUUUCCCUUUUUGAAGAUUAAAUAUUCUUAUUUUGAGACUCCCGCACUCCUGCCUUGCCUCCCUGCUUCCCUGCAAUUGGGUCCACCAUGUUCUUGCCUUGCGUUCCUCGCCUUCGCCCUAACCAUGUACCUGACAGAAUGAACCGACCAGAACAGGACCCAGCGGGAAGAACAUGGCGUCACCCUGGACACCACCAAAGUGCCUCCCACCGUCCUCAGCCUGCCAUCCAUACCUACCCUCCUCCAAUUCUGAUUUUUCUGAUUGUGAAGAUGGCCCCGAUUUAGUUAACCUCCUGUCUGAUUCUGAAUCUGACACAGAUUUAGAUUUUUCUGGUUCCUUCCCUAGUUUAUCCCGUCCUCGUCAGUUUUUGUCACGUCUCCCCGUUUCCAACCCCAGUGAGUCCAAAUCCUUUCCCUCAGACCUUUUCUUGGGCACCCGUUUGGCCAUCUACCUGGGACCGCCGCGUGGUGGCCAACGGAGGCGCCCAAGUAAAGGUCAAAUUUUGCCCCCUCGUUGUUUUUCCCCUGUUCACAAGUCUCUUAAUUUUUCACCUGUUCCCACACAUUGUUCCACGACUCCAAUUAAGUCACGUCUAGUCAAACCUGCCCCCAAGCCACCAUGUUCAGUACCAGCCAUUUUUCCUAGUUCACCUUCCCGAGACCUUGUGCACUCUUCCACUCCCGUACCCUCUACUCCCAAACCUCAAUGGCGGCAGGCUGAGGAAGCGACUGCAGGCCCCGUUCCUGCUCCUCGGCAGCUGCGCCAGGCUCCCGUUCCUGCUCCUCGGCAGCUGCGCCAGGCUCCCGUUCCGGCUCCUCGGCAGCUGCGCCAGGCUCCCGUUCCGGCUCCUCGGCAGCUGCGCCAGGCUCCCGCUCCGGCGGCGCUCGUCCAGCGGGCGCAACCCGUCCCUGCUCCGGCGGCGCUCGUCCAGCGGCCGCCACCCGUCCCUGCUCCGGCGGCGCUCGUCCAGCGGCCGCCACCCGUCCUUGCUCCGGCGGCGCUCGUCCAGCGGCCGCCACCCGUCCUUGCUCCGGCGGCGCUCGUCCAAGUGAUUGUAUUUCUCCAAAUUUGAAUGUCUGCUGGUUAAAUUUGUUUGCCAACCGAGUAGCUUGUGUUUAUCUCAAAACGAACACAGAAAUGUUAUACAAACAUUAAGUGUCAUUAGCUAGCUAUUAACUAGAUAAGGUUGAAACAUGACCCUGUCCCAGCUUGCAUGGAUUAAACAGGGUGUGCGUGACAUUGCUAGAUCCAAUCAUUAAUCUUUUAUCCCACUGGUUUUAAACCACAAAAUAAUCCUAGGAUGGAAAAGUAACAUUAAGAGGCGGUCUAUCUCCCUUUUGGUCACCGAGGGGGGGCACGCCCUCUUUCGCUCUAAUGCGUAAAAGGCCGAAGCUCCUUGGUGCUUGGUGUCGCUCGUUCGUUGAACCUUGCUGAAGAACUGCUGAGGAAGCACCCACCUCUCACCAUGAGGUGGCGAGGACGCGCCAGACCUUCCCCCGCUGCAGUGCACCCUGCCAGUGCCCCAAGCUACCCGUGGAGGUGCUUGGGCAGCUCAAGGACGAAGCUCCAUUGGGAUGGAAACGGGUGGCGCAUGUCCGCUCCCAGUGACCAGGCCACUCCCGGGCUUCGGCCGCUCUGCACUUCAAGAUUUUUGUUUUUUUUCUUCGUUCUUUUUCCAUCAAAGCCACCUGCCCUCGACCGGACUGGCCAAACAUCCUGGAGAUUGACCAGCCUGCCUAAAUUGUGUUCCACGCAAUGUAAAUCCAACGUGCGGUCUACUAAAGUAUAGAUUGGUGCAUAUUUGGGUUUAAAUUUACGGCAACCAGAAUCCCAGCUUUAUGCAUUGCUCACGGCACAUCCUCACCUCACACCUACGUCACGUUCGACCUGCUUUAUGAAUGCUUAUGUAUGUGUACCUUGUUUUCCUUUUCUCUGCAUUGUUUCCCUAUCGAUUCCCCUGUUAGAUUUCAUUACAUUUUAUAUAAAACCCAGAACCUGUA